AUGGCUUUGUCGCAGACCAUCCCAUCAACAAAGUUGAAUGAUGGGUCGGAGAUGCCCAUGCUCGGAUAUGGCACAGGCACGGCGUGGUUCAAAAAAAGUGAAUCCAUCCUCGGUAGUCUCGACUCGAACCUCGUCGAGGCGACCAAGACGGCCGUCGGUUUAGGGUACCAUCACCUCGACGGCGCCGAAGUGUAUCGGACCGAGCCAGAGUUGGGCAAGGCGAUUGCCGAGUGUGAGGUGCCACGAGAGAAGCUCUUCGUCACCACCAAGGUCAAUCAGAAUGUGUCUGAUAUUCCCGCUGCAUUGGAUGCCAGUUUGCAGAAAUUGAAUUUGGAAUAUGUGGAUCUAUACUUGAUCCACCAGCCAUUCUUUGCACAGACCAAAGAACAGCUACAACAAGCGUGGGCCGCCAUGGAGCAAGUCAAGGCUUCGGGCAAAGCCCGCUCCAUCGGCGUCUCCAACUUUCUGCAGAGCCAUCUGGAAAUCAUUCUCGAGACUGCCACCGUGAUUCCCUCGGUCAACCAGAUCGAGUAUCACCCUUACCUGCAGCAUGGCAACCUCGUUCCUUGGCAGCAAAGUAAGGGCAUCACGACGGUCAGCUACGGGGGCCUCACGCCUACCACUCGGGCGGCGGGCGGUCCCGUAGACGAACUGCUGGCGAGUCUGGCCAAGAAGUAUGCCGUCUCGGCCGGGGAAAUUCUGCUGCGCUGGUGCUUGGACCAGGGCGUGGUCUCGAUUACGACGAGCAGUAAAGAGUCUCGAUUGGUGAGUUAUUUGCGGGCGUUGACGUUUCAAUUGACUCCCAAGGAGAUUCAGAACAUUUCAGAGCUCGGUCAGACACACCACUACCGGGCAUUCUGGAAGGAUAAGUUUGCAGAGGAUGAUCGGUCCUGA